GAUACAUUUACUCAACGAUUAAUCUCGUUUUACAAUUAUUACGCUCAUCCGUACAUUAGCACCGAUCACUUGCCAUUUCCACUAUUAGUUCGUGAGUGCCGUCACCAUGAGUAUUUUCGUGGGCUUCUCUGUACGAUGUAAAUUACUUUCACUUAUCUGCAAAUCACCGCCGAGAACUCGUCAUCUUCACUCUUAGUUCGUGGAGUCGUGCGUACUGGUAUUGCGAGCAAAUUAUUGGCCUUUCAGUUCACAAUCUACUCAUUACAUGACAACAAUCAAAUUCAAGGACAAUACAUACUUUACGAUAGCCCAGCAUAUAGGCCGCCGCCGCCUCGUAAACGAACUCCUUAGAUCAUUAGUGUCAACAUCAUCUCAUUACUAUUUUAUCUUACAAGUAUACACACAUAAUAUCUUAUUAGUUAACUAUUCAUACAUACAUAUCAUAUUCACUAUUAGACUGGAAAGUUUUCUCGUACUUAUAACUCGGUUAUUCAGUUUCAUUUUCGUUUGUGGAGUACUGAUUUCCACAAAAUUUUCGUUUCCGCAGAAUAAGCUCCUAAACUAAACUGAACAGAGUUAACAGCAACACCACAAUUCUGACCUUCACUAACAAAGUUCAGCCAGCAGUAGGCUUCCCCCACCAUCGAGUCAUCGUCCAAUCAACGAGCAGCACAGGAUCUCCCAGUAUAUAAAAGGAGGCGAUUCCAGCUGGAGCGGCAUUAUACUUUCCGUGUCCGUCAUAGAAGUUACUAUCGUCCAUUUCUAGUUAUGGCUCGUACUAAGCAGACUGCUCGUAAGUCGACUGGUGGAAAGGCGCCCCGUAAGCAGUUGGCCACUAAGGCAGCACGUAAGAGUGCUCCUGCAACUGGUGGAGUUAAGAAGCCUCAUCGCUACAGGCCUGGAACUGUUGCUCUUCGUGAAAUUCGUCGUUAUCAGAAGAGUACUGAAUUACUUAUCAGAAAAUUGCCGUUUCAACGACUUGUUCGUGAAAUUGCUCAAGAUUUCAAAACCGAUCUUCGUUUCCAAAGUUCAGCAGUGAUGGCGCUUCAAGAAGCUAGUGAAGCUUACUUAGUCGGCUUAUUCGAAGAUACUAAUCUUUGUGCUAUUCAUGCUAAACGUGUCACUAUCAUGCCCAAAGAUAUUCAAUUAGCUCGACGAAUCAGAGGAGAGAGAGCUUAAUUUAUACUGGAAAUCCAGUCCACCGGCCCUUUUCAGGGCC